AUGGGUCGUGUGCUACAAAAGAAGAAGAACCGGUCCUCGACGCCGAAACAGAAGCCCAAGAGGACCGGUCAGCUGAAGAGCGGCAAGAAGAAGAUCAACGUUCUGGGAAAUGCCAUCAUCGCUGAAAAUUGGGAUCGCAAAUUGACUCUGACACAAAACUACCGCCGCUUGGGACUCGUUCACAAACUUAAUGCUCCAGCUGGGGGUAGCGAAAAACGGCCAACCAGAGAUGGCGGCAUCGAAGAGGUACCCGAGGAUUCCCUGCACAUCAAGGGCAGCGCCAAAGCUUCCGCAAAGCAGGCGGCCAUGGGGGAAACCAAGGUGGAACGCGAUCCGGAAACCGGCAAAAUCAUCCGAGUGAUUCGCGACGAAGAGGAGAUUGAAGUUGGCGGCCGCAAAAUCAAACGUUCGAAUCCGCUCAACGACCCACUGAACGACUUGUCUGAGGAUGAGGAAGCCGGAACCCGGUCACAAAGAGCCAAUGCCAAGAGCACGAUUGUUCAACAGCUGGAGCGUCAGGCAGCCCAAGAAGGGCAGACAGUCAAGGCGAAGAAGCCCCGGCACCAGAGCCAGCGGGAGGAGGAAUGGAUUAUGAGGUUGAUCGAGCGUCAUGGAGACAACUACAGCGCCAUGGCUCGUGAUAGGAAGUUGAAUCCCAUGCAACAGAGCGAGGGUGAUCUGAAACGGAGGAUUCGCAAGUGGAAGGCGAGCCACUCCUGA